AUGGCAGCUCCGCGCAGAGAUCAUCCGCCUGGAGCCGUGCGCCCGGCCCAACUCCGGGCCGCACCUGCUCAGCAACGUGGUGUUCGGCCUCCUAUGAGACCGGCUCCAAAGUCGCAGCAGCCACCAGUCGCAGCGCCUGUGACCAACGCUGCUGCGUCGCAGCCCCAAGGCUCGCAGACAGAUGUGUUUGGUGCCGUACAAAGCCCACCUGGCGCAAAAGUACGGCCUGUUGCUGGUGAACCUCGUGUCCGUCCUUCUGGACCGCCCAGGAUGGUGCAGACUCAUCCUCAGCCACCAACAAAUACACGCCCACCAGCGCCCAAGCCCGCAGCUACGCCAGCUCCACGCACCGCGGCACCGCCUGCGCCAGUAACAGCCCCUUCUGUGUCACAACCUAGUCAAGGACCGGUGCCAUCCAUGAACAAGGUACGCCCGCCCAUGUCGGCCAGCGCACGCGGUAACGUGCCUCCGAUGAGCGCGCAGCAUACGGGUCGGAGCAUGCAAGCGCAGAAUACUGGUCACAGUAUGCAAUCACAACAUACGGGCCGCAGCAUGCAAGCGCAAAACACAGGUCGCAGCAUGCAAUCACAGCAUACGGGCCGCAGCAUGCAAGCGCAAAACACAGGUCGCAGUAUGCAGUCACAGCAUACAGGACAGAGUCAAGCGCCGCCACCAUCUCGUGCUGCCCCGCCUCCAUCUAUGGUGGAAACGCUGCCACCCCGCAUACCUGCACCGCAUGCAGCAUCGUAUCCACCUGUGCCAGACUCGAUGCCUGAGCCAGUGCCAACGAUGGAUGCUUGGGACACACAGGAUGGCUGGGGCGACCAAGAUGACUGGGGUGGAGAUGGUUGGGACCAGCCAGAAGAGGCAGAAGCAGCGCCUGCUUCUACCGAAUGGAUGCCCCCUGAUGAGCAGGAGGGUGGUAUGGCUACGAACGAGAUGCCACAGGAUCUGUUCGGUCAGAAUACGAUGGCAGUGGCCGAGGAGGCUGAGUCUUAUCCACAGCAGUUGGGUGAACCGUUGGAUCCGGCUAUGGAGAAUCUAUCGGCCUGGGAUCAAGAGGUGCACGAUUUCCCUGAGCAGUUUGAACAAGAUGCUGUGUAUGAUGGUGCGAGUCUGCAAGACGGUUGGGACUACCCAGCUGAUGAUCAAGACUACAAUGAACCGUUCCUCGAUCCAUCGCAGUAUGAUGCAGAGCUGGAUAUGGACCCCUAUGCCAGCACGGGUUUCCAAGAAGAGGUCCCUACGGCAGGUGCUGAUAUGUUCACGCAGGAUCCGUACGAGCAAGAUGCGUACGAUCAAGGGGAAUACCCUGCCGAUGCCUACCAAGGUAUGGAUGAACAGACGUUAGACCCUAUGGAAACACAGGCUGAGUCCCAACUUUUCUUCACGCAAAAGGAGCAGCUUGGUGCAAACGAUCCAAUGGAUGACCAGUAUGCUCAGGAAGAACAAGUUGAUGAUCAAUAUGGUCAUGAAGAUGCCUAUGGCGAGCAGUACGCUCAGGAUGGCGCUUUCGAUGAUCAGUAUGCUCAAGAAGAGGCUUACGACGAGCAAUAUGCUCAGGAGGGUGCUUAUGAGGAGCAAUAUGCUCAGGACGAAGUCUACGACGAGCAACACGCUCAGGAAUAUGCUUAUGAUGAGCAGUAUGCUCAAGAAGGCCAGUUCGAUGGACCAUAUGACGAGCAGUACGCCCAAGAAGACCAAGGCGAGUACGGCCAAGAAGGUCCAUACGAUGAGCAGUAUGCUCAAGAAGGUCCGUACGAUGAGCAGUAUGGCCAAGAGGGCCCAUACGAUGAGCAGUAUGGCCAAGAGGGCCCAUACGAUGGGCAGUUGGAUGAUCAAUACGGCCAGUUCCAACAAGGUGGCACAGAUGCACAGUUUGUGCAGGAGGACCAAUACGAUCAGUUCGAGCAAGAAGACCAGUACGACCCAUCGCAACCGCCAGAGUUUGCACAGGAUGAAAUGGCCGAACCGGCUGGCGGUACGACAGACGAGCCUGGCUGGGAUGAUCAAGGCGCAUGGGAUGAACAGAUUGCGUGGGACGACCAGGCAGACGGGCAGGAAGAACCGACCAGCAUUGACGCAGCGCCUAUGCAGCCACCUACCUCGAUCCCUGAGCCUGUGCCGGAAGUGAAGCCGCCUGUGACCAAGGCGGCACCAGUCCCUCCUACGACCAUGCCACCGCCACGUGGCCCUGCCAAGCGUGUCCCACCCUCGUCUACGCGGGGCGCGGCGACAGCGCCUGUGCCAUCCGCGCUCACCACCUCGACGAACGCUCCGCCCUCUGCUGCGACGUCCCACGCGAUUCCCUCGGCAGUCAAGAGCACGCCACAAGCGGCGGCUAUGCCGAAACGCGGGCCUGUCGCACUUGGUGCAGCCCCACCUAAGGAGUCGCCUUCGAUUCCGGCCUCAGCUCCGCCAGCUCAAAGCUCUGGUCCGAGGCAGCGCGGCGCGAUGCCACAGCGGGCGCCUAACAAGCCUGUUCCUACGCCCCAGCCCGCGCCGCCUCCUACGCAGCCGGCUGAAGAAGAGGAUGCAUGGGGUUGGGGUGAUACAGAAGAAGUGUCUGCCCCUGCUACAUCUGAACAAGUGGACGAUGCAUGGGGUAUGGAUAGUGAAAGGGCGACGGGGACUGAAUCGGCCUGGGGUGGGGACUCGGAUGUAUAUGCCCACGAUGCGUAUGCACCGCAGGACUAUGCCCCACCGCCACCCUCUCAUACAGCGCCACGUGGUCCAACUGCUGGUCCAGCAACGGCAGGACCGCGGCGCGCCCCGGCGCGCGGCCCUGCGUCAAAAGGACCCACCCCGCCUCGGACGCCUGGACAAGUCAAGGCUGGUGCACGCCGACCUGAUCCACAGCAGGACCGUCGGAAUGCUACUAUCCCUAUUGUGUCCUUUGGUAUUGGAAGCAAAUUGGUCGUCCACAUGCCCAGCAAGGGCGAUUCAUACGACUAUCAGUCGUCGCGCGAGGAGCGUACGGUCACGAUUCGCUCCCUUUCGCAGUUGGUGGGUGCACGUCCUUUCUCUACGCUUGAUAUGACCAAGUUCCCAGGGCCGUUGCUGGAGGGCUCGCGAUCACAACUCAAGGCCAAGAAGCCGUCGAUUGUCAAGUACCUACACGAACAGAUUGCUGAAUCAGCAAGCGGUGUGGGCUACCUGCGCCGCAAGUCUGUGAUGCUGGCUGAACACUCGGAGACCAAGUCGAGUAAUGCAGGCGACCUUGAGGAAUGGCGCCGCACAGAGGACAAGAUCUUGCUACUGAAGCUUCUUGUGAUGCUGAUUGAAAACGAUGGUAAACUUACGGAUGAUGCGCCAUUGGCUCGUUCCAUUUGUGAUUUGCUCCUUGGGAAGACGGAAGCAGGGGAGUUUGGUGCAUUUACUGUGCCGACGUACUCGCGUGCAACCUCCCACUCGUCAUCGAAACGGCCUUUGCGCUCGUAUGCCUUGCGCCAAAGCUUCUUGGAAGAACUGCAGCAGCAUUUGCAGCAAGGGCAGCUCAAGGAGGCUGUCGACCUUGCCUUGGAUGAGCGCAUGUGGGCGCAUGCGAUGACGAUUGCACAGCAGCUUGAUGAGGCAACGCGGCAGCGCGUCGUGACGGCCUUUAUGCAGUAUGAGUUGGACGAUGCGGAUAUUGAUAGUGCUAUGCGCAAGGACUACACGAGCAUCAAGGUGGCCUACUCAUUGUACACGCAUCAGCCGGCUGAACAGAUUGCCGCACUAUUCCAAGGUCCUUCAAGCCUCUCGCCAGAAGCAAAGCAUUUGCAAUGGCGGCAUGCUAUCGCCACCCUCAUCUCAAAUCGCGGCUUGGGUGAGUAUGAUGCGAUCCUGGGCACUAUUGGCGAUGGUCUGAUGGAGGCAGGGUUGCCGGAGGCGGCUCAUGUGUGCUACUUAUUGGGCAAGCAGCAUCUUGGCUGGCUCAAGUCACCAGAGACGGAUUUCGUUUUAGUGGGGACAAAGCCUAAUACACCUGCCUCCGUGCUCUUGAAUGAUAUGGAUGCUUUACUCAUGACAGAAGUGUUGGAGUAUACGUAUGCACUUUCUCAGCCAUCUAAGACGGCGCCACCAUAUGCUGGCAUCUCGACGUUAGCACCAUUCAAGUUAGUCAUGGCAGCUGUGUACGAUGAGCUGGGCUUCUCGGCCAGUGCCAAAAAAUACUGCGAGGCACUCACUCAACUUUCGCAGCUCAAGGGAGCGGCCCCUAUUCUUACUUCAGCCUUGCAAGCACAGCUGCAUGAGCUGUCGAGCCGACUGAAUGGCCAGCACUUGGCUGGCCAAUCAUGGAGUAAGAAACUCCAGCGACCUACACUGGACGGAGUCUGGGGUGCCCUGGAAGGCCGACUGACCAAGUUCAUCGCAGGCGAAGAGGCGGGUCAAAAAGAGGCGGUCAAGAGUACGGAAACGACCGUGGGUGCCUUCACCCAUUACAGUGCUAUUACGCCAGAGGCAGCGUCAGCCGCGCCAUCGGAAACUCAAUACCCAUCUGUGCAUGAAGAACUGCAAGAAACUGAUGGUGGGUACUCGGCAGAUGCGUAUGCACAAGCGUACGAAGAUGGAGGGGCUGAGACUCAUGAUAACCUGAACGAUACUUAUGCGGAAAACACUUAUGAACAGGAUGCUGAUGUGGAUGCAUAUGCCGAAGAUCAAGCACCGAAAGAGUAUCCGCAAGAGGAAUAUGGUCAAGAAGACUAUGCCCAAGAUGAAUACCCUCAGGAGGAAUAUGUUCAAGAAGAGUAUGCCCAGGAGGAAUACCCUCAAGAAGAGUAUGCUCAAGAGGAGUACCCUCAGGAUGAGUACCCUCAGGAGGAAUAUGCCCAGGAGGAAUAUGCUCAAGAGGAGUAUGCCCAAGAGGAAUACCCUCAGGAGGAAUAUGCUCAAGAAGAGUAUGCCCAAGAGGAAUACCCUCAGGAGGAAUAUGCCCAGGAGGAAUAUGCUCAAGAGGAGUACCCUCAGGAAGAGUACCCUCAGGAGGAAUAUGCUCAAGAAGAGUAUGCCCAGGAGCAAUACCCUCAGGAAGAAUACCCUCAGGAGGAAUAUGUUCAGGAGGAAUAUGCUCAAGAGGAAUAUGCCCGGGAGGGAUACCCUCAGGAUGAGUACGCCCAGGAAGAGUAUGCCCAAGAGGAGUAUGCCCAGGAACAACAAGAUGAUGUCCAUGAAAACCUGGAGGCUGACCAUGCUCAUGAAGAAAGUGGGCAGGAUAAUGCGGGAGGUGAUCAUCCUCAGGACCCCAAUCUUCCAGCAGACGAAAUGUCGGCUUCAGCACCCUUGCCCAAAGAUAUCGAUAAAGAGUCAGUUGCCUCGAACGUCGAUGACUUUGCUGAUGCUGAAACAGCAGGAGAUGAGCAAGAGGAAGUAAAGCCACCGACUGCCCCGCCCUUGUUCCACAGUGUCGAGCAAGAAGUGGGCGAAGAUGGUCUUUUGUCCACCAUGUCGGUCCCAAUGCUGACCCCUCUCCCUGCCAAGCCUUCUGCUACAAAUACCAAGUCAGCCGCCCCUGAACCAGAGGAAAAGGAGGAUGACCUGGGCUUGGGUAAUUCAAGCAGCAGGCCAAACAAGACAGAGUCACCAGAGCCCAUUUCUAGCGCAACGGAAAACUCGCAACCUGAUGAGAAGAAUGCCAAAGCUGCAGAUAAAGCUUCGGGUGGUUCCUGGUUUGGCCGUUUGCUAGGUUCCCGCAGUAAUAGCGCGAGCAAGGAAAACGAAAAAGAGAGCAAGGCUGUGAAAGCUCACUUGGGUGAAGAAACCUCCUUCUAUUAUGAUAAGGAACUUAAGCGCUGGGUGAAUAAGAAGGCUGGCGAUGAUGGUAAGGCAGCCCCUGCCGCCUUGCCACCGCCACCCAAAGGCGCUCCGUCCAAGCCUAUCGCUGCGGCCGGGCCCGCCGAUGCCCCUCCGAAGUCGUUAGCCUCGUCGAAGCCGCCUUCCUCGGCACCUGCUCGCUCCAACGGUGGAGCGGAUGCAGGUCCGCCAGGGCCUCUCACUAGGCCAAGUGAUGCAAGCGCAAAACCAGCCAGUAAAAAAGCUACAGGUGGCCCACCAUCGGGAACAGCAAACAAGAAACGCCCGCUUAAAUCGCGCUACAUUGUUGUGGACUAA